AAAAUAGAUAGAGCGAGACGAAAAAAAAAUAAAAAGAUUGAGCGAGACGACCCGGCGAAGUAGGCGAGGAGGGAGAACGAUUCCAUUGCCCAAUGGAUUCCACUUACUUCUCCUUCCCUUUGUCAGCUUAGCACCACGACACCAUCAUAACAACAAUUCUCUGAUCAUCGUCCUUUUCCUUGCUUAUUUCCAUGGUGGAUCCUGGCUGCUCCUCUCCCUUGGUGGCCCCAUCCCCGAUGCCGGACCUCGGCGAGAUUGAUCUCGAGGCCGGCCCAGGCGAGCAGUUACAGUGCCGGAUCUGCCUCGAGACAGACGGAAGGGAUUUCAUAGCUCCUUGCAAGUGCAAAGGGACUUCCAAGUAUGUUCAUCGUGAGUGCCUUGACCACUGGAGGUCUGUGAAGGAAGGAUUUGCAUUUGCUCAUUGCACGACAUGCAAGGCUCCUUACUACUUGAGGGUUCAUGUUCUUGCAGACAGGAAGUGGCGAACCCUAAAGUUUCGUUUUUUUGUUACCAGAGACAUGUUGUUCAUAUUUUUGGCUGUUCAACUGGUUAUUUCUUCAUUGGCGUAUCUGGUGUAUUUAGUUGAUAGCUAUCAGCAGUAUUGGUUACGGUUAGCCUGGGGCUUCGACAGCAAGCUCAGUUUCUACUACAUAUGUGGUGCUCUAUUGUUCUUUGCUUUGCUUGGGCUGUCGGGUUGUUUCAUAACUUGCUAUGAUCGGAGAGUGCGUAAUGAUUUGGCACAACCAUGUCGAGAAUUAUGCCUCUGUUGCUGCCAUCCUGGAAUGUGUGCAGAUUGCCAUCUACCUGGCACACUUUGCAUGUGGACAGAUUGCACUACAUGCUUUGAGAGUUGUGCCAGUGCAGCCGGGGAAUGCGGCUGUUUAGGAGGUGCCGGUGAAGCUGGGCUACCUCUUCUUUUCAUUAUGGGACUUAUUGUGUUGGGUCUAUUCACCAUUGUAGGCAUAUUCUACAGUGUGCUUGUUGCCACCAUGGUUGGUCAGAGAAUUUGGCAGCGGCAUUAUCACAUACUUGCUAAAAGGAUGCUAACCAAAGAAUACGUGGUGGAGGAUGUAGACAAUGAGAUGACAGAUGGGAAUUGGUCUCCACCACCUGUUCCUCCAGAGCAUGCACAACAAUUGAAGUCACUUGGAUUGCUAUAAAUCUUUUCCCUUUUUCAUACCAACUCAUUGAAUAUAGUGAUUCUUAUUGCUAAACUGGCAAAACGUCAAGAGAUAUUGCCUGAUUCAGAGAUAGAGAAUGUUCCUAGGAACGUUUUUACUCGGUUUACUCUUACGAUGAACAGAAAAAAAAAAAA